AUGUCUCGCCAGUGCGCUGCAAGGAACCAGAGCAAAACUGGCUUCAGUGCUGCUUCUGCCUUCAUCCCAAAUGCCAGCAGCAUCAGCUUCUGCUCACCUUCUGCACCCCAAGGUGGAAGCUGUGGUACUGCCGCUGGGUAUGGAAGAUUUGGUGGAGGUUUUGGAAGCAGGAGCCUCUACAGUCUUGGUGGAUGCAAGAGGAUCUCCGUGGCUGGAAGGGGUGGUGGCUUCUACGGACCUGCAGGUUUUGGUGCUGGCACUGGGAUCUCCUGUGGUUUUGGUGGUGCCUUCGGGUUUGGUGGUGGCAUGGGUGGCCCUGGAUUCCCUGUUGUCCCUGCUGGAGGCAUCCAUGAAGUCUCAGUCAACCAGAGCCUUCUGAAACCUCUCAAUCUGGAGAUUGACCCCAACAUCCAGAGCAUUCGUAAGGAUGAGAAGGAUCAGAUUCAAACCCUCAACAACAAAUUUGCCUCCUUCAUCGACAAGGUCCGAUUCCUUGAACAACAAAACAAGGUCCUGGAAACCAAGUGGGCCCUUCUGCAAGAACAGGGGAACAAAACAGUCAGAAACAACAUUGAGCCCCUCUUCGAGACCUACAUCAACAACCUCAGGAGACAGCUGAACAGCUUGCUGACGGACAAGGAGAACUUGGGAGGGGAGCUCAACAAGGUGCAAAGCCUUGCUGAGGACUUCAAGAACAAGUACGAAGAGGAGAUCAACAAGCACACAGCUGUUGAGAACGAAUUUGUGAUCCUGAAGAAGGAGGUGGACGCUGCCUACAUGAACAAGACAGAGCUGCAAGCCAGGCUGGACUCCCUCGUGGAGGAGAUAGAUUUCCUCAGAGCCCUUUAUGAAGCCGAGCUGUCUCAGGUGCAGAGCCAGAUCUCCGACACCUCUGUCAUCCUGACCAUGGACAACAACCGCAGCCUGGACAUGGACAGCAUCAUUGCCGAGGUCAAAGCGCAGUACGAGGACAUCGCCAACCGCAGCCGGGCUGAGGCCGAGUCCUGGUACCAGUCCAGGUACGAAGAGCUGCAGGCUACGGCAGGCAGGCACGGCGACGACCUCCGUAACACCAAGCAGGAGAUCUCCGAGCUCAAACACGUCUCCACCCCCACCCGCCACGUCCAGCGGCUGCGGUCUGAAAUCGACAGCGUGAAGAAACAGUGCGCCAGUUUGCAGACAGCCAUCGCGGAUGCCGAGCAGCGUGGGGAGAUGGCCGUCAAGGAUGCCAGGGCCAAACUGGCUGAGCUGGAAGAUGCUCUGCAGAAAGCCAAGGCAGACCUGGCCCGGCAGCUCCGCGAGUACCAGGAGCUCAUGAACGUCAAGCUGGCCCUGGACAUUGAGAUCGCGACCUACAGGAAGCUGCUGGAGGGAGAGGAGUGCAGGCUCUCUGGAGAAGGUGCCGGCGCAGUGAAUAUCUCUGUGACCAGAACCACUGUAGGAACGGGAUAUGGAAGUGGAAACUGUCUCAGCUUCGGAGGCAGCAGUGGUGUUGGAGGUGGGCUCUGUGCUGGAGGAAUGGGCUUCAGCUCUGGAAGUGGACAAGGCACAGCCGGGUCAUGUGUGGUUGGUGGAAACAGCUCCAGCACAAAGUACAUCACCACCACCUCUUCGACCAAGAGAUGCUAUUAA